AUGGCGCAACCACAGGCGAUGUACGCUACUGACGAGUACGGAAGACCGUUUAUCAUUGUACGAGAACAAGCAAGGAAAACCCGAACCCAUGGCGUAGAAGCAAUAAAAUCACAUAUUUUGGCUGCUAGGUCGGUCGCCAACGUGAUAAGAACGUCGCUGGGACCAAGAGGGCUUGAUAAAAUACUGAUCUCACCAGACGGCGAGAUCACUGUGACAAACGAUGGUGCAACAAUACUGAGUCAGAUGGAGGUCGAACAUCAGAUUGCAAAACUCCUGGUACAGCUUUCGAAGAGUCAGGAUGAUGAGAUCGGUGAUGGGACUACUGGUGUUGUCGUACUUGCUGGUGCUCUGCUUGAACAAAGUGAAGCCCUGUUGGAUCGUGGCAUUCAUCCAAUACGAAUUGCGGAUGGAUUCGAUCGUGCAUGCGCCGUGGCCAUCGAACAUCUCGACAAGAUUGCAGAUCGCGUCGAAUUCUCGAAAUCAAACACUGAAAACCUGCUCAAAACAUCGAUGACGAGUCUCGGUAGCAAAAUUGUCUCCAAGGAGCACAAACAAUUUGCGCAGAUUGCUGUUGACGCUGUACUCCAAGUUGCAGAUCUCGAGCGCCGAGAUGUCUCUUUCGACCUGAUCAAAGUGGAUGGGAAGGUCGGAGGAUCGCUUGCCGACACCACACUGAUCAAGGGUGUACUCCUCGACAAAGACAUGUCGCAUCCACAAAUGCCCCACUCCGUCAAAGACGCCCGCCUCGCCAUCCUCACAUGUCCGUUUGAACCCCCACGCCCCAAGACGAAGCACAAGCUUGAUAUCACCAGUGUCGAAGAGUAUAAAAAGCUUCGGGAGUACGAGAAGGAGAAGUUCGCUGAUAUGAUCAAGCUUGUUAAGGAUACAGGCGCGAAUCUGGUCAUAUGUCAAUGGGGCUUCGACGACGAGGCAAACCAUCUCCUUAUGCAGAACGAACUUCCUGCUGUCCGAUGGGUGGGUGGACCCGAGAUCGAGUUGAUAGCGAUUGCCACACAAGGCCGAAUCGUCCCUCGCUUCGAAGAUCUCACACCAGAGAAACUGGGUAAAGCCGGCAUCGUUCGCGAAGUUUCCUUUGGCACGACUCGAGACAAGAUGCUGGUUAUUGAGGAGUGUGCGAAUACGCGCGCCGUCACGAUAUUUGUGCGAGGUAGCAAUAAAAUGAUUGUCGACGAAGCCAAGCGAGCCCUGCACGACGCUAUUUGCGCCGUCCGGAACCUGGUUGUUGAUAACCGCGUUGUGUACGGUGGUGGUGCAGCUGAUAUCAGCUGUUCUAUCGCUGUGUCCAAAGCUGCAGAUGAGAUCCCUUCCAUCGAGCAGUACGCCAUGCGCGCCUUCUCGUCCGCCCUCGACGCCAUCCCCCUUGCCUUGGCCGAGAACAGCGGUCUCUCGCCAAUAGAAACCCUCACUGACGUGAAGAGUCGUCAAAUCAAGGAGAACGAUACCAAGCUUGGUAUAGAUUGCAGCGACAGGGGCGAGAACGAUAUGAAGAAGCAGUUUGUUUACGACCCAUUGAUUUCGAAACGACAACAGUACCUCCUGGCGACUCAGCUCGUUCGUGCGGUAUUGAAAAUAGACGAUGUCAUAACAGCAGGCGAGGCCGACGAGUAG